GGUGUGGCCGAGGUGAGGGUGUAGUGGUGGUGGAGGGUGAUGCCAGGAGUGGUGGGGGGAUCAGCUGAGAGUUGUUGUUGUGGUGGUGUGGUGCUGUGGGCCUCUUGCUGCAUGUGAAGGAUGAGUGGCAUGUGGGCAGUGGCUGUAGGUGUGGCAGAAGAGCUGUGGCUGGACAUUGGUGACUCCAUAUGGGUGGUGCUUGAAGCUCUCCACUUAUCUCCACUUGUGCUCAGGCUGAGGGAGGAGAUGGUGAGUUCUGGCUCACGCAAGAGGUCACUGGUUCGCAUCCUGGGUUCAGCCUUGCCUUUGAAACCUGUGCAGAGGCCGUAUUUAAGGUAUGUUGACCUGAGAAGUUUGAGCACAUCAUGUGACUCCCUCUUCUCGGCUCACACUCAGGGUCGCAUAGAAUCCAGGUGGCUGGCUGACACAGAGUGCUCUUCUAGAUUUAGACCCAUUUUCUCACGCUGUGACACAGCACCGGAACUCUUUCCUCUUGGUAAGGAUAAAAUUGACAAUGGGAAUGGUGACUCUACCCCGAGAUCGUCAACACCAUUCAGUUUGACAUCCGAGAUCGGCCCACAGCGCAACAGUUAUUUACACCACAACUAUUUGCACCACUCUCAAGAUACACUGGUGUCUCAACACCCUCAUGAUAGCUUCCAACACAGCACUUUGAAUCUUACUUCAAUACACGCAACAUCUCCAUUUACAGACCCAACAGCAUUAGCUAAAAUAUCAGCUUUAGAGGAUGAGCUUUCUCAGCUUCGCUCACAAAUUUCAGCAAUAUUAAAUCAAACAAAACGUCCAGUCACCCCUCCACCAAGUCCUACCUUUCUGACAGCGCCACCACCACCACCCCCACCACCACCACCUCCACCACCACCCCCACUCCCACCCCCACCACUGAGUAAAUGUUUUUCACCCCUUCCUCUCCUUGAAGAUACCAAUAAAAACACAUCUUUUUCUGAAUUAAUUGCACAAAAUAAAGAAAGCAUUAACAAGCACACAGCACCUUUAGAUGUGUCAGUCAUUAAUCAGAACAACAACUCAAGACCAGUGUCAAUGUCCGAUGUUCUCAAGGGCCUCAACAAAGUCAAGUUGAAAAAAGUGUCCAGGUCCCCUGGUGGAACACCAGUAAGAUCACGACCAAAAUCACCGUUACCAGGUGAUCCCGCAUCAAUUAUUGCAGCUGCACUGAAGAAACGCUUUGCAAAUAUGAAUUAUACCCCAGAGAAGGAUAAUCAUGACGAGAGCAACGAAUUUAGUUCUUCUCCAGAAAAUACCCCACAAAUAAACCGCAAAAUCCGGUCUGAAGUCCCAAAAUGUAAGCUAGUCGAAGAAGAACCUCCUAAAAAGAACCUGUUUCAGUUGCUGAAGAAAUCGCCUCGAAUACCUAAACCCAAGCCAAAAGAAGAAGAGAAGCCUUCACUUCCAAUAUUUGGUCAGCAUCUUUUGAAAAAACGUACUUCUGUAACGCCCGAAUCAAGAGACAGUGCAAGCCCUUCUAGUGAAGCAUCGGAUCUCUCACGGUGACCUGCAUAACACGCUUUAAUUGCAGCUGCCCCGAAAUGGACCCUACGUCAUUUUUUUGAUGAAAGAGGAUCUUAAAACAGAAAAUAGUUUAGGUUGUCUUUAUAAAAUGAAAUGUGAAUGACUCAAAAUACUUGUAAUAUAAAAAUAUUUUUAGUUACUGCAUUUAUAAAUAAAAUACAAAUGUUGCAUUUAUAAUCUCUCUUGUGAUAAACUUAAUUAUUUUAAGUGUGUUCUUCAAUACCUGAUUCAUACCUGAGAAGGAGCACAUCUUGCCAGCAUUAAUGCACUUGUAAUAAUAGUAUAGAAAAUAUUGACUUAUUUUUUCACACACAAUUGCACAAGUAAAAUUUAGAAUUUACUGUUUAAUAAACAUUUAUAUUUAUACUCACUGAAAACACAGUAGCAGGAGAUGUCUGUGAGGAAUUAUUGGAGCAGGGUGAGCUUGAUUUAUUACUUAAAUCUUGAUUGGAGUUUAUUACAAAGAUUUUCAAUUCAGUUUCUUCACUAUUAAUGACAUUUAGUUAUUCAGUUUGGGUUUUAUACCCACGUGUGUAUGUAGAGAGGCAAAUAAUGCAUUCUUAAUGCAAUGUUGGUGCUAUAUCUUAAGUGUGAUUGACAUUACUGUACUGUAUUGCACCACAUAAACUUAACAGUUCUCCCAGGAGUAGUGUGCUGUUGUAACAAUGUUAUGAGUACUCUAAGUCAUGGCCUGAAAGGUUGUUAAGGUUACAGCAAAGCUCUGUAUGCUGUAAGAAAAGUCAUUAAGACUACAGCUAACCUUCUUAUACAAGGAACACAGCUGUUUACUGUCAGGGGCCUAACAUUGUUUUGUGCCUACUUACUUGCCGUCAUGAAGUGCCUAGUCGACGUAAUUCUAUAUACAGUACAGUAUACAUAUGUUGGUGAAAUAUUUAAGGCAGUUUGUUGUACCAUCUGUAAAUAACAUUCCAUCACUCGACUCCAAAUGAUUUCGGUCAAAAACAUUACAAAUUACUUUUAUAUUUGACCAUAUUUUUAUUAUCUCAUUGUACACAUUAAAAACAAAUUUAAUGAUCUUUUAACUAACUCGGUAACUUUUAUGAUUCAUUGAAGUUUAUGAAAGUUAUCGAUUAUGAUUGCUACCUUCACAUGUAUGCAGUAGCUCUGUUUUAUGUUCUUGUGUUUGUUAAAUAUUUAUCAAUUAGUAUCUGAUUCUGUGAAUCUUCAUACUAUAAACAUCAUUAGUUUAAAAUGGACAAUGUUAAAUUUUUGUUUUAAAUUUUGGUUAUAUUGCAGCUGGUGUACUUGCUUUAGCAGUAAAUACAGUGCAACCUCAAUUUAACAAACUAUAUGGAACUAACUCCAAUUGGUUGCAGUGAAGGAUUCGCUGGAACAGGAGUUGCCUUCUGGAGGCCCAUAUUUGUGAACAAAAUCAGGAAAUCUCAAAAAUAAAACAAACCAUAAAAUUUAGUUUUAAAUGUGCUCAUUAGUUUUCCCAAGACCCCAGCUCCUUUCUUUUAAUUUUGCAUCCAUCUAUGAAAAUCAUUAAAAAUGUAUUUGGAGCCAUAUUAACAUAUCAGUAGUUACCAUUUCAUACUCUAAUAUUUCCAAUGCUCAAUGGGCAGAAUUCACGAGUGAAAUUUUAAUUUCAACCUCAUGAAAGACAGCUACCAAGAGAACCUAUAUGUAGAGAGAUUUAACCACAUUUAGCAUAUUUCCCAUGCCCAAACCUUGAAAUACCAUUUUCAAUGGAAGAAGGGGCCCCUAUUUUUCUAAAUUAAAACCUCUGCAACUGAAAAUAAAAAAAUCACAGAAUUUUGUUUUAAAUAUAUUCAAUGGCUUUUCCAAGGCCCUCCACACUUAUUCUAACCUUAUGACAAUCUGUGAACAUCAUAAAAAAGUUGAUUUGAGCCCUACUAAAAGUGUUACUAUUCAUACCCUCAUAUUUCUCAUUCUUUAUGGACUGAUUUCAUUAAGGAAAUGUUUAAUUUUAACCUAUGAUAUGAUGGGCAACUUUUCCAGCAGUCUGUGAACUCUGUCCCAACAUCCUAAGCGAAUCUGCACAUCCCCAACUUCAGUAGUUUGUAUAUUCGGGUGAGUAAAUCCAGCCUGGAAAGUGUGCAUUCCAACCGAAGAUUUGCCGAAUUGAGGGUCCACUGUACAUUAAUUUAUUGAGGAAUUGUAAAGAAAUUGAAAUCUUUUUCUUAAGUGGAUUACUAAAAAUUUAUUGAAAAAAAAGGCAAGUUUUUCAGUCAUGUUUUUAGAAAGUAGGAAAUGCAUAAGUAAUUUUUUUAAAUAACGAAUUCUUUGAAGUAAAUUAUAUUUGUUAUUAACACUUAACGUUCCGACCCAUCAAUGCAUAUCUGACCUAAACAUUUCGAGCACCACCGGUUUCCACUUGGCGACGCCUAAAAUUUUUGUAUUUUUUGAGGGGGGGGGGGGGGCGGUGGUUAUACACUAAGUAUAAGUUUGGUGUCAAAAUGUUCAUAAAUGAAUUUACUAGAGGAUAGAUGCAAAACAAAAUGUAUUUUAAUAAUAGCUUAUGGAGCUGAAUAAACAAACGUUUAUGAACAUUUCAACAUUUCUUGUAUAUUUUCCAACAUAAAUAGAAAUACAAAAAUAUGGAAUGAUAUUUAAAUACAAAAAUAUGGAAUGCACACAUGAUUGGUCUAUAUUGCUGUAAAAAGAAAAGAAGCAUAAUUUGUCAUACUUAUUAGAUGAUUUCCAAGGCAUUGUGAAAAUAUUGUAUUCACAAGCAGAGGAAUGAUCAUCCCGAGUGAUCGGUAAUUGACCAAGGUGAUCUGUCGGUGAUCCUCUGAUAAUUUGGUUUGUCCCCCCCUGAUAAUCUAUCAGGGGGAUGUUUUCCAAAAUAUAAAAAAUAUAAAUUAAACAGUUUGAUUUUCUGGAAUUUUCUUGAGAUGGCUGAUAUAUUUUAGCAUAAUGCUAGCAUGUUACAGUAAUGAUAUAAGUUUAACCUUUGCACUGCUCGAAUUAUCAUAUGCUAUUUUUUUCCAUUUGAUUUGUGAACUGUUUUUAAUCAUUCACAUCUUGUGAUUUGUGAAGUGUUUUUAAUCAUCCAUAUCUUGAUGUAGGAUUUUUAAGUAGCUGUGCUGUCUAAGGGUUGAUGAGGUGUUUAAUAUAUGUUUGAAAACUGAAAAGAAAUAACUUUUGGGUACUUUGCCACUUAUCAGUCAUCAAAUUGUUAUGCUCUACACCACCACUGUAACAAUACAGUAACUACAGACACCUUAUUUCCUCACGGGCUAUUCAUGCCCGCGCCACCUCUUGGGUGGCUUAAUCUUCAUCAAUCGCCUUAUUUCCCUUAGUUAUUUAUGUAUAAGGUAUACUACAACCUUAUACAAAUGACUACUACUACUAUGUCUACUGAUGUUUUAUAUGCUAGUUGUAAUUUUUUGUUUCCUUCUCCCACACUUAAUCACAUUAGAAAUAAAUGUUAAGUGCCUAAUUGUGAUCUUAUGAUGCUCAAAAAUAUCUCAAGGGAUAUGAACACAAUUAUCUAUGUCUAAAAUGAAAGUACAGUAAUCAAACCUGGGUGCUGUGUCAGCCCCUAAAUAGUGUACAUAUUUCAAGUUUUGUCUUUGACACAUUGUAUUUAACUUUUGUGAUAAAUUAAGUAGCUGUAUAUAAUUUAGGUAGAGUUAAUCUAGCAGAGUGGUUUUUUAUUUUGUUUUUUAUUCCUGCUUGAAAUUCUGUUUGAUGCAAACAGUAGAUGACAGCUCUAGCUUUAUGGACUGUUUGCAGGUUUAUGAUUGAUAUGUGACCCAAGAUUUAUAGUUCUGAUUCACUGUUGUGUUGUAUAAUUCUAACUUCAUGAUUGAUCUGUCUCCCAAGAAUUAUAGUUCUGAAUUACUACUACUAUAUAUAAUGGUAACUGUAUGAUUGAUCUGUGACCCAAGAUUUAUAGUUCUGAAUCACUGUGUUGUUGUAUAAUUCUAACUUCAUGAUUGAUCUGUCUCCCAAGAAUUAUAGUUCUGAAUUACUACUGCUAUAUAUAAUGAUAACUAUGAUUGAUCUGUGACCCAAGAUUUAUAGUUCUGAAUUAAUAUUGCAAUCUGUAAUGUAACAUCAGAAUAUGUUCCACCAGCUAUAUUCUUUGCUCAGGAAUAUCUCAUCUUCAGUGAUUAAAAACUGCUCUCCUUCAUUGAUUAUGUAUAUCACACGUUUCCGUGCUUAUUUGGUAGCUUAGAUAUGAAGGAAAAAUCCAUUAUCAGUGCUAUGUGGCAGCCACUUUCUGUUUAAGGACAGGUGUAUCUCUCUCUCUCUCUCAGAACAGUAUUUGUAUAGGUGUAGAUCAUACUAUUGUAUCUUGUAUUGUACAUGAGAAAUAUUUUAGAAGCUGUCGUGAACAAAAAUGACAGGGACCAAACCAACGGCAGUCGCUUUUUACUGAGCAGUAGGCAAAUAAAGUACAGUAUUUAUCUCAGCAAUGUGUAUAUAAGAUACUCCACUGAACAUCACUCCGUUUGUUUUGGUGAGAUGUGUAUGCACACACUUUCCACAUGAAUUCAGUGACUUAUCUACUACAGCGGCUAAUAUUUUAUUUUUGCAUCAAAUAACAAAAUAUAUUUUAUUUUAUUUACUGAACAUGUAGAGGUGUUGAAUGACAUCGUUGAACUGUAAUAUUCUCCCAUUGCAGCUCACUUUUAAGUGAUACUCAUAUAAUUUUCUCUUUUGUUACUAUAUCUUUGAUGCUUUGCUCCAUUGGGACCUGAAGGUUGAACAUAAGAAGGAUCUAUCUUAAGUUAUCAUUUAUUUGUGUGCAUAUAAUUAUGGUAACUGUAUAAUUAGCAAUUGAUCACACAGUCUUAAAAAUUAAAAGUAAGUUUUUAAUGCUUUUUUAAUGUAAGUUUUUUAAGAUUUCUUGCAUAUAUUUUAUCAUUGUUGGUAUUGGCUGCUGGUGCUUAACCCUUAGACUGGUGAAUUUUAUUAUUCAGAAAAUGCUUAUGUGAAUUGUUAGCAGACUAAAGGUUAACUGGUCCUUUAAGGAGGCCUGGUCGACGACUGGGCCGCGGGGACGCUAAGCCCUGGAAGCACCUCAAGGUAACCUCAAGGUAACUACACACUGCAAAAAUGGCUCUGGUGCUUGAGUUUUCGUGUACUGCACUAAGAACAUUGAUUAUACUGUGCCAUAUACAGUACUUAAGCUUUGUAAAAAAAUAUUAAUAACUGAAUUUCAAAAUUGAUUUAAUAAUUUGCUGUCCGCCUCCUCCCACUGGGAAUUGUGCAUCUCUCAUUGUUUUACUCUUAUGUUUACAGUAUUGUACUUAUGUUCCAUUUUUUUUACUUAUUAGUAGUACCUACAUCAUCUUGUAUUUUACUGUCUUCAGCAUUUUACAAAUUCUGUACUGCAAAUAUUUUAAUUAAUAAAUGUCAAAGAAAAA